AUGACGGUCGAAAUAUUCAAUGAGUGGUUCGAUCACUUUUUGGAGCAUGUAAAACCUUCUGAAGACAGUCCUGCCUUGCUCAUAAUUGAUGGCCACUCGUCGCACACGAAGAACCUAGCUUUUACCGAGAAAGCAAGAGCUAACUUUGUUAAGGUUCUAGUUUUACCACCUCACACUAGCAACAAACUUAAACCACUUGAUGUAUCCUUUAUGGCACCUUUCAAGACGUACUACGCACAGGAAGUAGAGCGUUUCCUACAACAGAAUCCAGGUAAAGUCGUCAGCCAAUAUGACGUUGCCGAGCUCAUGAAACCUGCAUUCAUCAAGGCGGCUACUACGGAAAUUGCUGAGAAUGGGUUCGAAAAAACAGAAAUUUGA